CCUGACAGGAGACAAUGUCAAGAUGAUCGUGUUGUGGAUUACACUGCUUGUUCUUCAUCAAGGAUAUACACUCAUUCCAGUGAUUCCAGUUGAAAUUAGUGAAUCUACAACCUUAACAUGUGCACUGCCUGAUAGUCGGCUCUCCUCUACAAAAGUCCACUGGUACAAGCAAAGAGUCGGUGAUGAUCUGAAACUAAUUGUGAUUCUGCAGGAAUCUCUCACACCUCAGUUUGAACCCGAGUUUUCUAAUUCAAGAUAUAAAGUCAAUAAUGAUGAAAAUUUUAGCAAUCUGACUAUUUUGAAUACAAUCCAAGAGGACGAGGGAAUCUAUCACUGUGCCGCCAUUGAGUGGUUUGGCAGUUCUAAAUGGAGUGGGAUGUUUUUGAUCAUAAAAGGAGACAGUCAGAAGACAUCAGACUACACUGUUGUUCAGUCCACAGCAUCACAUUCAGUCCAUCCAGGAGAAUCACAGACUCUCCAGUGUUCAGUCUUCUCUGACUCUGACAAGAAAACAUGUUCAGGAGAUCUGAGUGUGUUCUGGUUCAGACCUGGAUCAGAUAAAUCUCAUCCAGACAUCAUCUACACUGAUGGAAACAGACCUGAUGGAUGUGAGAAGAGAUCUGACACUCAGAAGAGCUGUGUUUAUCGCUCCUCUAAGACCUUCAACUCCUCUGAUGCUGGGACUUACUACUGUGCUGUGGCCACAUGUGGACAGAUACUGUUUGGAAAUGGAACUACUUUGGAUAAUCAAGGAUCCAGCAUGUGGUCACAGACAGUCAGUGCAGUUACUUUUCUGCCGUGCGCCUUCUUAGCUCUAAGUCUCAUUAUUAUAGCCAUCCUCAUUUACAGUAUCAAGGAAAACAACUCUGACUGUGGCAAAGGUAAUAAAAGUUAUUCAUAUUUCUCAAAACAAACUAAAUACUUUUAAAGAACUGCAUUAUUAUUUAUUGUUAUCUAUGUAUUUCAUUAUACAGCUGCUGUUGCUCAGCAGAAAAACUGUGGUGAUCAGAAAAGUCAACAGAAGGAUUCAGGGACUUGGAUUUAUUCUGCUGUUACCUUUACUGUGGUAAAGGCUGAUAGCGAUACAAUGAAAGAGACCAAAGCAGCGGACAGAGAGAGGAUCUACAUGGCUGUCAAGGCUUUUGGACUGGAUUAGUGAGUUAACAGAUGUUUGGCAGCUAUUUCGAUUGAAUAAUGUAGUGUUUUUCUUUGCUGCUAAAGGGCUUCAUACAUGCUGUCGUACUUCUUCUUUAGUGAAGAAGUUUUGUCCUUAUUUGUAGUUUUAAGUUUCUCUGAAAACAUUUGUUGCAUCUCUCUUCCUCAUUCCAUCUCAGUUCUGUCUGUAAUAAAGCUAAAAAAAAAAAACUUCAAAUACUGUAAAAGGUACUAUAAAACAACGAACAAGUCGCAUUGUCAAGCAGAAAUUUAUAAACUGUGCUGUUCAUAAUUCUGCAAAUUAAAUACAGAUACUUUUAACUCACUAAAUACAGUUUUAAGUGGAAAUAACAGAACUAAGGUUUUCAUUGGGCCAUCAGGUGUUUAAAGCACAAACAAUGUGCACAAAUGCUGUCAGCAGCAGAGUUUCUCAGCUGUUUUGCCCACGUUUCUUGUCAAUCUUCAUCACAACUCUCCAUUAAAGUCAAAAUGUCAGCAAAGAAAUCUUCACUUAAUUACUGAUGGUUACUACGGUUAUUAUGUUGUUUAUCAGUAUCAGGACAAGGUAUUUACCAUGCUGCAUGUCUAAAAUUAAGUUUCUUGUGUCAUCAUCACUGAAUGCUGUUUGGAGACCAAGACCAUAUAAUAAAUCUAUAAAGAGUUCA